AUGCCCAGCAAAACGAUAAAUCAAUUGAACAAGCUCAUCACGGCUUUUCUGUGGGAAAACAAGCCACCACCAUUAAAAAGGAACAUACUGCAACUAGCUGCGACGAGCGGAGGCCUCGGACUUCUGCACAUCAAAACAACGACACGACUCCUGGCCCUAAAAACAGCCAGGAAGGGUCUCGACAAUCACCAGCAGGCACACAGGAAAAAAGCGGCAGCGCGGCAAGCCUCAUCCACAACCCGGCCGACUUCAGCAGCAGGCAGCGAUUCUAACACUGACGCUCCACUUCCAGAGACGACACCGACUCCGGUCCCCUCAAGGGAGACCACACCUGCACCGACGCCAGCUGUUUCAGCAAGUCGCAGCCCCUCGACUACGCCCUCCCCAUCGACCUUGACUAUGGAGGCAUCUCCCUCUUUUUCAGACGAAAGCAGCGAACCUGCUGCCGCGCUGACCUCCUCUCCCCCCUCUCAGCAGGCAUACGAUAACAAUGAGGCAGCACAUGAUAGCACUACGAGCAGCGCGGCCACCCCCUCUCCUGGUGCACCGCUGUCGCCGGCAGCCACCGAGAACGACGACGCCUCCCAGGAAAUUGACCCAAUUUCUCUUGCAGGCCCGAUCGUGGAUGACGGCGUGCUAGCCAAGCACGCCCAACAGCUGAGGCAGCUGCAACGCGAGCCAAUAUCGGACGCUGGAUGGGAGCAGUUCACCGGAAUCCUGGACGACGCCAUACAGGUAGUAUGCGAGGCGGUAAAGCUUCCUGUAGCUUCCGCUAACAGGAAGCCGCGCCGCCCUCUGAAUCCUGAGAAUGCUCAGCAGAUUCAGACACUGUACCGACGCAAUCGCCGACGUGCAGUGAGGCUGAUCGUGGAGGGUGAGUCCCAACUCUACCCGAUCCCUCUUGACGAGCUGGAGGAACACUUCAGCGAGGCUUGGGGGCCGCGUGAAGCCGACACCGCUCUGCUUCUGAGCAAGGUGAAGCGAAGCGACAUGGCUGAAGUCAGCCUUGCGCAGUUCACUGACGGCGAGGUAGUUUCCCGUCUUCGCAAGAGCGAGAACACCGCCCCCGGAAGUGACCGCCUCACCUACCAACACUGGCGCUCCACUGAUCCCGAAGCUCUUUUUCUCACCGCAGUGUUCAACGUGUGCCUGAAAUACCAGAGGGUGCCUGCUGCCUGGAAAGAGUCACGGACUGUACUCAUCCACAAGGGAGAAGAGACCUCGGGGAUGCUGCGAACUGGCGCCCCAUUACCCUUGGGAGCACGAUUUCGAAACUACGCGGGCGGCUUGGCGGCUCGCUUACAGGAAUGGAUCGCCUCCCAAGAAGUGCUCUCCCGUUGUCAGAAGGGGUCCCUGCCGUAUGAUGGUGUGUACGAACACAACUUCGUACUGCAGGAGCGCCUGGACGCGGCGAGACCUGGCCGUGGGGACCUGUGCGCGGCAUUCCUCGACUUCGCCAACGCGUUUGGAUCUGUUCCCCACAACGCCCUCAUUGAUGCACUGCAUGGCGCUGGUGCGGGUGAUAACUUCUGUGCUAUUAUUGCUGAUAUUUACAGAGACAACAGGACCAGCAUCAUCGCAGAAGCCGGGAUCACCUCACCGAUAGAAAUCUCUGCCGGCAUACGUCAGGGUUGCCCACUGAGCGGCCUCCUGUUCAACCUGGUGCUCGACCCAGUCGUGCGUGCGCUUCAGGGAGGCGACAGGCAGCACAAUGUGCUUGCCUACGCGGACGAUCUAACGCCGCUAGCUGACGAGCAAGGUACACUACAGAGCCGCAUUAACGUAGUGGCAACCCUGUCGAGCCAGCUCGGGCUACGUCUGAACCCCGCGAAGUGCAAGUCACUGCACCUCUCCGGAAAGACACCCGUGGGGACAAGACCUACGACCUUCACGGUCUACGGCACCCCAAUCCCAUCAAUCAGUGACUUCGAGGCACACACCUUCCUCGGGCGACCAGUCGGGUUCUCGGUACUACCGGACCAGGCAACCGUGGACGAAGCCAUCAACGUGGGUCGCCGCCUGCUUACCUCGAUGCUCGCCCCGUGGCAGAGAUUGGACGCCGUUAAAACAUUUGUAUUUCCGGCGUUCAACUUUGCCAUGAGGUGUGGCUCCCUUGGUAAGGCAGAGUGGUCUCGCCUGGACACAACGCUUCGCCCACUCAUCAUGCGGACCCUCUACCUGCCUGCCAACGCUGCUAACGACUACCUAUACGGUAGCUCCGCAGCGGGUGCCAUUGGCAUUCCUGUGGCUGCAGAAGUCAGUGACAUCUGCAGAAUUGACAAUGCUUUCAAACUUCUUUCCUCUGCAGACACUGAAGUCCAGGACCUGGCACUGCAGGCGCUGUUCGUCGUGACAUGCAAAAGGUUGAGGCGCAUUGCAGAACCGGGUGACAUGGACGCCUACCUGAGCGGCGAGACUGAGGGUGACUUCCGGGCCACGGCGACGCAGCUCCAGUCCGUGUGGACGGAGGCCCGCAAGGCUUCUCGGCGUCUUGGUGUCACCUGGGAAAUCGAACAAGACGGCCCCCGUAUCUCCAGGGGUGACAUAACACUUGGCCCGAGGAAGCGUACUAAAGUGGUAAAGACACUCAGGACGGCACUGGCAAACGCACGAGAUCACGAUCUCCACCAAAAACCCAGUCAGGGGAAAGUGAUGGAGUGCGUUGCCGCCGACCGGAGCAGUUCCCACUUUGUACGUACCGGCCAAUUCACGAGGGGCGAGGAGGCGAUCAUCAUCGAUGUAACCUGCCCGUUCGAGAACCGCCCAGCAGCCCUGAACGCGGCCCGCCAGGGGAAGGAGGAGAAGUACCAGCCAGUCCGGGAGUACCUGCUGCGGAAAUUCCAGAAAGUGACCGUGGAGGCCAUCAUCAUCGGAGCACUUGGAUCGUGGGAUCCGCAAAACGACCGGGUCAUGCGCCGCUUCUGCAGCCGCAAAUACCUGCGGCUGUUCAAGAAACUCGCCGCGAGAGUUCCUGCCAGGCGAGACAUCCGUAGCAAGGUGCGGAGGAUCGUGGAGCCGAGCGUGGACGAGGACGUCCGAGGAACCAGGGCUCCUGCCGCCAGUGCUGGAAGACGCUGGCUGACCCGAGGGCCGCCGGUCCCUGAGCUGCCGCACCUGAGCUGUGCCGAGCAGCGUCCCAGUCUGGCACAGAUGCUGCUGUGCUAG